GAUCACGUGCACAAAUCUUAAAUUAAUGGGGAGGACACCAAUGCGGAAAAUACUAAACCUUCAAAACCAACAAAGUAAUGCUUCUGAGGCUGGUAUCUUUGCCUCAGACAUUGUGUUACACUUUUUUUUUUUUUUUUGCACGCCUCGCUCUUUGAAAUCGAUCAGCCUUACAUCAUAGCGAGCGUUACUGCAAGACAAAAUUGUUCUAUUUUAUCGCUGUAAUGCCGUUCAUUCUCUCGGCGGUUGUUGAAACCACUUCUACAACUGCUAUUACUCAGUGAUACCCGGGUUCCUCCCCGGAAAUUUUAUUUGAAAAGUAAGUACGUAACACUAAAGAGAAUAGAAAGCAUAGGACCAGUGUAUGUCCGUCCCUGUGUUUUAAAAACGCCGGCACUCUACCGUGCACUACCUAUCCAAACGUAUUUAUGUUAUCAUGUUAGCCUUAAUUUAAUAUACUAGCAUUAGUCUGCUUCUUCCUUUCUUAAAUAUGUCGGUUCGCUUUCACUCAGAAUAUUUUCUCUUUGAGAUGCCUCAUCCAAUUUUCAUACGGCGUAAGCGUUAAUCUGACUUCGUUUUCCUUCGCAUUCCCGCACGCUUCCGUAUGUCGGGUAGCAGCGCAACGUUCGGUCGCAACUGGUUGUUGUUGGCCGUAAUUGGCUAUAUCCUGGUGCUUCGCUGACCACUCGACUGCCAAGUGCUCUCAGGGUGGGUCUCCCCGAGCUGUCAUCGCCGCUUUUCUAAAUGUUUCCGGUAGACGCGUUGCCGGCAGCCGGCAGAGGCCGAUCGCCGCCGGCAAACUCUCUCCUCCUUUUCCCGAAUCCUCUUCCUUCUCCGUCGGGAGAUGCGGGAGCAGCGGAUCGAUGCUCCGGGGGAUACGUCGGCAGCGCGUGGACGAAGACGCGGAGCGGAGGAGGGCGGCGAUGGCGUCGUGGUCGUUCCCCGGCCGACGGCGCGGCGGCGCACGACGUGGUUCUCCAUCCAUGGCGGGGCCGGCGGAGCUGCUCGUCGCGGCUCUGCUAGCGCUCUGCGCGCCCCGCUCCUGCCUGGGGAACCCGGACGCCAAGCGGCUUUACGAUGACCUCAUGAGCAGCUACAACCGGCUCAUCCGACCCGUGAGCAACAACUCGGACCGGCUCACCGUGCGCAUGGGCCUCAAGCUCUCCCAGCUCAUCGAUGUGAACCUAAAGAACCAGAUAAUGACAACCAACGUUUGGGUCAACCAGGAAUGGUCGGACCACAAGCUCAAGUGGGACCCGCAGGAGUACGGCGGGGUCACUGAACUCUACGUACCUGCGGAACAAAUAUGGCUCCCUGACAUUGUCCUCUACAACAAUGCUGACGGCAACUACGAGGUGACCAUCAUGACGAAAGCCAUAAUUCACGAGGACGGCCGGGUGGUGUGGAAUCCACCGGCCAUAUACAAGAGCUUCUGCCAGAUCGACGUGCAGUACUUCCCGUUCGACAAGCAGGACUGCUUCAUGAAGUUCGGAUCCUGGACCUACGACGGAUUCCAGGUGGACCUGAAGCACGUGAGCGAGAUUCCGGACACGAACAUCGUACCGGUGGGCAUCGACUUGACCGAGUUUUACCUGAGCGUCGAGUGGGACAUCAUGGCCGUGCCGGCCAUGCGGCGCGAGAAGUUCUAUUCGUGCUGCGAGCAGCCGUACCCGGACAUCACUUUCAACAUCACGCUGCGCCGCAAGACGCUCUUCUACACCGUCAACCUCAUCAUUCCCUGCGUCGGCAUCUCCUGCCUAUCCGUCCUCGUCUUCUACCUGCCUUCGGACUCCGGCGAAAAGGUGUCGCUGUCGAUAUCGAUCAUGCUGUCGCUGACGUUCUUCUUCCUGGUGCUGGCCGAGAUCAUCCCGCCCACGUCGCUGGCCAUGCCGCUACUGGGCAAGUACCUGGUGUUCACCAUGAUCUUGGUCACAGUCUCGGUGCUGGUGACCAUUGCCGUGCUCAACGUGCACUUUCGAUCGCCGUCGACGCACCGCAUGGCGCCCUGGGUGCGCCGCCUCUUCGUGCACCUCAUGCCGCGUCUGCUGCUCAUGCGGCCGCCGCAGUACCGCAUAGAGGUGGACGAGGGUUCCUCGUCGUCAGCCAAGUCGGCACACCAGGGCAACGCGCACGUGGACGAUUCUAUGAUCCUGCCGGAGCCACUGCUGUUGGCGCGGCCGCAAGGGCUGCGCCAAGCAGACCCCGUGGUUGGAGAUCAGCCGCCUGGGGACAUCGAGCGAGCUAUCCACAAUGCCAUGUUCAUCGCGCAGCACAUUGACAACAACGACGACUUCGAGAGCGUGCGUGUCUUUAUAUGAACCGCGUGUUUGUAA